AUGUCGCUGCAGGCUUGGAAUGGCUUGGAUGAUUCUGGAAAAGUUGUGAGCAAACAUGGAAGCUUCGCAGCCAUUUUUGUCAUUUUUCGAGACUCAAGCGGCAGUUGCAGUCGGCCCGCCUUCGCAAAAAACAUGCCGGACUUCAAGUUGGCAGUGGACAAGAACAACAAGGCAACAGAAUUGGCGUUGCUUCGCGUAUGUGGCACAGUUCAGCAGAAUCCGCACAUGAGGGCAUUCUGGGCUUCCACCAUUUCCUUCUUCCUAGCCUUCUUGGGCUGGUUUGCCCUGGCACCUUUGGCGCUCGAGGUGGCCACCAGCAUGGGCACGUGUGAGAAUCAACUUUACCCACCAGAAGACAACCCCAAGCGGGUGGCCUACCUGAAGUACAAGUCACUCAAGACAGGCAAAGCGUACUGCCAGUACGGCAAGAAUGAUGACACCAAUCCCACAGACUGCAAUCCCGUGCCACAGGACAUUUUAGCGAGUGGGACUGCAGACGAGAAGAUGCAGUACCGACCGGGGGUGCUGGCGGACUGUGUUUGCACCCCGGGAACUGAGUGCAAAGACAUCAUCGCAAAUGCAGGAGUGGCUGCUGUGGCAUCGACCAUUUUCGUACGCAUCGCACUUGGCACGUUGUUGGAGCGAUUUGGGCCUGUGAAUGUCCAAUCAGGCCUGAUGACCUUUGGAGCUUUCUGGGUUGCAAUGGCUGCAGCCAUUACAGCGCCCUGGAACUACACCUUGAUCCGCUUCUUCAUUGGGCUUGGAAUGGCUUGGAUGAUUCUGGUUGUGAGCAAACACGGAAGCUUCGCAGCCAUUUUUGUCAUUUUUCGAGACUCAAGCGGCAGUUGCAGUCGGCCCGCCUUCGCAAAAAACAUGCCGGACUUCAAGUUGGCAGUGGACAAGAACAACAAGGCAACAGAAUUGGCGUUGCUUCGCGUAUGUGGCACGGUUCAGCAGAAUCCGCACAUGAGGGCAUUCUGGGCUUCCACCAUUUCCUUCUUCCUAGCCUUCUUGGGCUGGUUUGCCCUGGCACCUUUGGCGCUCGAGGUGGCCACCAGCAUGGGCACGUGUGAGAAUCAACUCUACCCACCAGAAGACAACCCCAAGCGGGUGGCCUACCUGAAGUACAAGUCACUCAAGACAGGCAAAGCGUACUGCCAGUACGGCAAGAAUGAUGACACCAAUCCCACAGACUGCAAUCCCGUGCCACAGGACAUUUUAGCGAGUGGGACUGCAGACGAGAAGAUGCAGUACCGACCGGGGGUGCUGGCGGACUGUGUUUGCACCCCGGGAACUGAGUGCAAAGACAUCAUCGCAAAUGCAGGAGUGGCUGCUGUGGCAUCGACCAUUUUCGUACGCAUCGCACUUGGCACGUUGUUGGAGCGAUUUGGGCCUGUGAAUGUCCAAUCAGGCCUGAUGACCUUUGGAGCUUUCUGGGUUGCAAUGGCUGCAGCCAUUACAGCGCCCUGGAACUACACCUUGAUCCGCUUCUUCAUUGGGUGCGCAGGAGCGGGAUGA